AUGCUAUUCCUAGCCCAUUUCAUCCUACUGUUGGGUCUACCGACGGCCCUGGUGGGCGCGGUCCCAAUGCCUAAUAGCCUGGAGGUUUCCAAACGGGCUAGCUCGAGCUACUGGAUGGCCAACAUCAAGCGCCAAGGUGUGGCGCCUUUCAAUAGCAAUGCCGACUACGAGGUUUUCCGCAAUGUUAAAGACUUCGGUGCUAAGGGUGAUGGCUCCACCGAUGAUACCGCUGCCAUCAACAAGGCUAUCUCCUCCGGUGACCGUUGUGGUAAGGGCUGCGACUCAUCAACCACUACCCCGGCGCUUGUUUACUUCCCGCCUGGUACCUAUGUGGUGUCCAAGCCUAUCGUCCAGUAUUACUACACCCAGAUCGUUGGCGAUGCCACCGAUCUGCCCAUCAUCAAGGCUGCUGCUGCCUUCACUGGAAUGGCUGUAAUCGACGCUGAUCCCUAUGAGGAUGAUGGGUCCAAUUGGUACACCAACCAGAACAACUUCUUCCGUGGUGUCCGUAACCUUGUCAUCGAUUUGACUGCCAUGCCCAAGGGCUCCGGUGCUGGUAUUCACUGGCAGGUGGGCCAGGCAACCAGCUUGCAGAAUAUCCGAUUCGAGAUGGUUAAGGGCGGUGGAUCCGCUAACAAGCAGGAGGGUAUCUUCAUGGAUAAUGGCUCUGGUGGCUUCAUGUCCGACUUGACUUUCAACGGUGGUAACUACGGCAUGUUCCUGGGUAACCAGCAAUUCACCACUCGCAACCUUACUUUCAAUGAUUGCAACACCGCUAUCUUCAUGAACUGGAACUGGGCAUGGACCUUCAAGUCGGUCAGCAUCAACAACUGCGAGGUCGGUUUGAACAUGUCCACAUCGCCGUCUAACCAGACCGUUGGUUCUGUUAUGAUGCUCGACAGCAAGCUUACCAACACCCCUACCGGUAUCGUUACUGCCUGGACCAAGAAGAGUAUCCCUAUCGGUGGUGGCACUUUGGUCUUGGACAACGUCGACUUCUCUGGCUCCGACGUUGCUGUUGCUGGUAUUGACGGUAACACCAUUCUGACUGGCGGUUCCGUUGUCGCCAAUUGGGUCCAGGGUAACACCUAUACCCCAAGCUCCGGAGUCAGCAAGCGUGCUGUCCAGGCUGAUGAGGACGCUGAAGUUGUUACUGUGACCCAGACCGUCAUGCAGACUGUUGAGGCUUGUCCCGCGUCUUAUACUUCUGCUACCCUCGCCAGCAACAACGCUGGUGGUGGCGUCGCCGAGUCCACCAGCCAGGCCAUUCCUGCUUCCGUCACUGGCUCUGAAGAUGGAAUGCGCACCGUCGCCCUAUCGGCCACCGGUGUCGCUAAGAGUACUCCUACCGUUCAGGCUAGCCUUGAGCCCACUGUCACCGAGGAGCUUACUGUAGUCCCCUCCGGAGAGAACACCGUUGUUGCUACUGGAACUGCCGAGAACACCAUCACCAUUCCUACUGCCGAGAGUACUGUAGUCGCUACCGGCGCUGGUAAGAACACCGCGGCCGUUACCCCCACUGCUGAGAACACCGUCGCUGCUAGCACCACCGCUGCCCAGAGCUCUUAUGCCGCCAGCUCUGGCUCCGGAUCAAGUGGCAGCACCGGUUCCUGUGGUGCUAACCAAGCCGUCGAGUCCGCCCGUACCCAGGCUACCCUGAAGACUGCCUCCAAGCCAGCUGAUCUCCUGGUCGAUGGUGCUGUCUUCGAAAAGUCCAAGCCCCUGUAUGAGAGUCUUCCUGCCUCGUCCUUCAUCAGUGUCAAGUCUGCUGGUGCCAAGGGUGACGGUUCUACCGACGAUACCAAAAUCAUUCAGAAGGUCCUGGAUAGCGCCACCUCUGACCAGGUCGUCUACUUUGACCACGGUGCCUACGUCAUCACCGACACCAUCAAGAUACCCAAGGAUAUCAAGAUUACUGGUGAAAUCUGGCCCAUGAUCAUGGCCCAUGGCAGCAAAUUUGCGGAUGAGGAGAACCCUAUUCCCGCCAUUCAAGUCGGCCAGAAGGGUGAGACCGGCUCCGUCGAGAUUAGUGACCUUGUUAUCAUGACCAAGGGUGCUGCCCCUGGUGCCAUUCUCAUGGAGUGGAACGUUGCCGCUACCACUCAGGGUUCCGCCGGUAUGUGGGAUGUUCACUUCCGUAUUGGUGGUGCUGCUGGAUCUGGUAUGCAGAGCAACACCUGCCCUAAGACUCCCCACGUCACGACUACCCCCAAGUCUGAGUGCAUGGCUGCGUUCAUGCUUCUCCACGUCACCGAGAAGGCCAGCGCUUACCUCGAGAACACCUGGAUGUGGACAGCCGAUCACGAGCUUGAUCUUGCUGGCCACGACCAGAUCAACGUUUACACUGGACGUGGUAUCCUCAUCGAAUCCAAGGGCCCGGUCUGGCUGUGGGGUACCGCCUCCGAGCACCACCAGCUCUACAACUACCAGGUCUCCAAUGCUGAGAACGUCUUCAUGGGACUGAUCCAGACAGAGACUCCCUACUAUCAGUCCAACCCCAGCGCUCUCACUCCCUUCACUCCCCAACCUGAGAAAUGGAACGAUCCCGACUUCUCCACCUGCACCACCGCCUCGUGUCGUAAGUCCUGGGGUCUGCGUGUGCUCAACUCCUCGGACACCUACAUCUAUGGUGCCGGUCUGUACAGCUUCUUCGAGAACUACGCACAGACCUGUCUCAACUCCGAGGAUUGUCAAGAAAACAUCGUUGAAGUCGACUGCUCCGAUGUCCACAUCUACGGUCUCACCACCAAGGCGUCCGUCAACAUGGUCACGUCCUCUAGCGGGAAGAGCAUGGUUCCCGAACUCCCGAACAAGAGUACCUAUGGCUCAACCAUUGCAUUGUUCGAACAGUCCGUCUAG